UGGUCUGCUCACACAAGACCCAGGACAGGGACCUGCGGCAGGUGUCAGGGAUCUCAAAGAAAACAGCAGUUGGUGAUAAGAAAACCAAGUCAGAUCUUUGGCACUAUGGCUGAGCAGCAGGACUACCUGGAGGAUGGAAGCCCUCUUAUUAAGGCGGCCAAGUUGGGCAAGAUGCGUUUGGUUCGGCUGUUGGUGGAAGGGGGCGCCCAAGUCAAUGAGCGCAACCAACGAGGCGAGACACCUCUUCUAGCCACAUGCCGAGCGCUGAGGGCUGACCAGUCUGGAAACACUACCUCUCUGAGGCUCAUCCGUUUCCUUCUCCAGCACCAUGCUGAUCCCAACGCCCAGGACAAGUCUGGACGCACACCCCUUAUGUACGCUUGUAUGGAGCGCGCUGGUGCUGAGGUGGCUGCAGCCCUGAUUUCUGCUGGCGCUGACCCUAGCAUGGAGGACUAUGCUGGAGGUUCUGCGCUGGUCUACGGCAUCAAUGCCCGCGACCAGGAUACUAUCCGUGUGCUGCUUGAUGCUUGCAGGGCUAAGGGGCGUGACAUCAUCAUCAUCUCCACAGAUCGAAGCUCGGGUGAUGCCGCUGUUAGCCAGCGCUAUCUGAACGUGCCUCCAUCGCCUGACACCUCACCUGUCGCCUGCAUGUCACCCUCCGACAUCGAGAUCAAGACAGGCUCACCAAACUCUGAGACUGAGGGAGAGGGUAUCUUCAAUUUCAGAGCUUCAGGAAGGAGGGGUAGCAGAGCGGCCUCACCUCUGCUUCUAGAACCAGAGACGUCAGAGCGCCAGCGGCUAAGUUCUGAACCCUGGCUAGCCAUCCGCAAUUUGGCACACCUCAGUCGCACCUACGAAGAAAGGAUUAUGAAGGGAGCUGUGCAAGAGGAAGACGAUAGAGAGGUGAAGCACAGCAGCUGUGACUCCCUUGCUCGGCAAGUGGAUCAGAGUAGCUCCUCUAAAGCUGUCACCCUCAAACCUGGCCGAAGGUUUUGCAUGAACCAGGCAGAGAACUUUGCUCCACCAACUCAAGCAUACCUCCACAAUCGACGCAACACUCUACCUGUUCUCCCUGGACAGAAUUUACUUCAGUUUCCUACCUUAUCAUUCAGUUUCUCCAGCUCAGACACACACCUACAUGACCAGCCCAGCACUAUAACACUACCACCAAUUCCUAACAGCAGAAACCCCCACCAUUCCCAUAGCAGCACUAACUCGCGUUCUCUGGCACCUCCAAUUGCACAGGGUGGAUUUAACACCAUGAGAAAAUGGAAACCCCAGGAGCAGUUAAGUUUAAAGCCCCAGGCACGUAAUACUACCUUCCUGCCUCCUAUCUCAGUUAGUUCCACUGCAAAUACAGCCACACGCUCCUGUGGUGACGAGGCAAGCACUGCUCCAAAAGCUGAACAGACGCAAGGCCAUAGACAGGAAGCAAGGGGCCGGAGGCCUCCACGUCGCCACUCUGUUCAGCUGGAGCAGAUGAAACAGGAAGAUGGUACUGAGGAAAUCCUCUUCAUCUUGUGAAAUACAAGGCACUGAAUACCGGCACACAACGCAAGUAAAAUUGAGCAAGUACAUUGUCAAACAGACAAGCACGUAACAUGUAUUUGUUCAUUAUAAUCAUUAAGAUGUAAAGGAACAUCAAAUGUAUGUUGUAUAGGAUGUUUAAAGAUAUACAAUUGCUUAUAAUUGCUUGUGUGGGAAAAUUUCUGUACCCUUAGGACGAAUUGAAAAACAUACUAUGCCAGGACAAUAAUUAUGCUAAGCUAAGCUAAAUAAUAAAUAUCAUAAAUGUUUGCAUCUCCCAUUCUGAAUAUGAUAUAAAUAUUUAAAUAGCAUUGGCUGGCAUUGAGUGGUAUAUCAGAUAUAUUCCAUUCAGCUAGCAUGAUAUUGAACUCGUCUUCUUUAUUAUCAUUAUUAUACAUGAACACCUGAAAGGAAUGUGUAACACGUCUUUCUCUUUCAAAAUCUUCCGUAUUUAACGAAGCAAACCUGGCGGCCACGUUUGUUUCCAAAUCAUCACAGUUGCUUGCUAGCGCAGAAGUUUUACAUCUCCGACGUGUCUCUCUUCCAGUUUUUCGAUGUCCGUUGGUAUGUUUUUCUCUUGUAAAGAUGUGCGAAGAAUAUCUAAUGAAGUUUUGGUAGCCUUUCUGGUAUUUAAUGCAUCUUUCUCUUUCUCGGCAAAGAAAGAAAUGCUUCUGCGCAUGUGCAGCAGAAAACUCUCUCAUUGAAUAUUCGCAUCAUUUCCGAUAUGUGACAUCAUGUUGUCUUGACAACCAUGCAAUAUCAAAAAACAUAUUCAGCGCUCAUUCUCCAUUGGGUAGAGUGACGUAAUACACGGAGGAUAAGCGAUAUGCUAACAAUACUGCAUGCUAUCAAACCAAACCUGUGUCCGAAAUCGCUUCCUACUCACUAUAGAGAGCACUAUAUAAUGGGGACGACAUUUUGUAGCGCUGUCCGAAACCUUCGUGAGGAUUAUUUACACCCUAUAUAGUGCACUCAAAGUAUCCCACAACGCAUCAUGAAAAGCAGUGUACAACGAUGGUCAUUAACCAAAGCAAUAUAUCCCAUCAUGCAUUGUGGUCGUGCUGAAAUAAAUCAAAUUAAAAGUCUCAAAUAUGAUUUAAUAAAAAGCAGUGGCAAAGAAGAAAUUAUACAGCCUUGAUUUAAAAGAACUGAAAGAAGCAGGUGCUUUUUAUUUAUUAGUGUGGGAAAUACGCUCAGUAUAAUAUGGUUUAUCGCAAAAAUACAUGCACGCAUUUAUUAUUUUGAAAACCCACCAGCCGACAGAUCUGGCACGUUUUAAUUGUGCGACAGUAAUGACGUAAAUACCAGCACGACGGAUUAGUGUCCGAAAGCAUUUUUUCAUUUUACCAAUGAGCUCACUGUAUAGUCCUCUAUAUGGCAAUUCCCUACAUAGAGAGUACUGAACGAGUGAGCGAUUUCAGACACAGGGCAAGUGAAUGAAACCCGCUAGAAGGGAAUAGAAUAGCCUACAUGUUUUUAUUCCAUUGAAAAAGUGUUCUGUAUGGAUAAUAAUCUCUGAUAUCCUGCAUGUCCAACUGGACCUUUGAAAAUUUUUGGUCCUUCCAUGUAAUUCGUCCAUGCGAACUUUUGCAGUCAACUGUAAGCCAUGAUUCCGAGCAUAGUAAAUCACAGUAAGGUUCUGACUUCUUAAAGGCCAUUUAUUUUUAUUGAAAUGUUAUUCAGAUUAUGUGAAAUAUACCACUGAUAAUCCUGUUGGGCUGCAUAGCACUAUAAUUCAAUUUCCUGUCAUUCUCUCUCCUGUUCAAAUAAAAUGUAUAAAUAAUUUACAGACAGAAAGCAAUUUCCUUGUCAGUAUCCAGGUGGUGUGCUGUCAUGCAUAAGAAGUAGAAGCAAGAGAAAGAUGACGCAACCAGUUUUAAAUAUUUUGUUUUUUAUAGGGAACAAGGUGUACUACAUAUCACUACAGCAAUGUAGCUGUUCUGACUCCCAUCAGAGUUUCGAGGGACAAUUACAGUAGUGGUUUCCUGGCUCAAACAACCUUCUACAUGAUCAAACAAUAAACAUACACACGGCCAAUUUAGAGUAGCCAGUUAACCUAACCACAUGUCUUUGGAUGUUGGGGGAAACUGGAGCAUUCAGAGGAACCCCACGGCGACACAAUGUUCGAACCUGGAACCUUCUUGCUGUGAGGCAACAGUGCUAACCGCUGCACCGCCAUGCUGCCCAGUGUAAGAUUAAAUGGGAUUAACCUUAAAACCAGCUGUGGUUUCAUGCUCAUCCAAACUGACAAUGUUUAUGGUUUCUUCCUCUUCCUAUGAGAAAGUUCUCAUAAACUUCCAUCCACCCUUAUCUCUAGCCGCUUUAUCCUGUUCUACAGGAUCGCAGGCAAGCUGGAGCCUAUCCCAACUGACUAUGGGCGAGAGGCGGGGUACACCCUGGACAAGUCACCAGAUUAUCUCAGGGCGGACACAAACAACCAUUCACACUCACAUUCACACCUACGGUCAAUUUAGAGUCACCAGUUAACCUAACCUGCAUGUCUUUGGACUGUGGGGGAAACCGGAGCACCCGGCGGAAACCCACGCGGACACGGGGAGAACAUGCAAACUCCGCACAGAAAGGCCCUCGUCGGUCACUGGACUCGAACCCAGGACCUUCUUGCUGUGAGGCGACAGCGCUAACCACUACACCAUCGUGCUGCCCUUCUCAUAAACUUAUGUCCUGUUUUAUGAAAAAAAAAAGGUGUAAGAUGACUCAACUGUGAUGGUUAAUAUGGUACAAUUUUCACAACUGACUCAAUGGUUUGAGUCAUGUACCCUUGACGUCAGGUCAUCCUGAGGGCGGGGCUUAUUUAUUCCCACACUUGAAAGAAGUACAGUUGCAUAAUGUCUGAUAUAGCACAAUACAGUUGCAAGAAGAAACAUGUAAGGAAGUUUUUCCUUUCACCAGGGUCUUAUGUUGUAACUAGAACUGUGACACAAACAAUGAUGUGUCCAGGUUUUACUUUCAUAAUCUUGCAACACUGAAAAAAAUUAAAAUGCCAGAAGAAAAUUACAGCUUCCAGCUUGGGUUUUUUCCUCCCCAAACCUGUACACACACACACACACACGCUAUUUUAUAAUUAAUAUAUCGCCCUCCACAGUU